CUGGGGAAGGGAGGGAGGGAGAGAGAGAGAGAGAGAGAAAGAUAAAAAGAAAGAAGAAAGAAUAACAGGAGAAAGGGGGGAGGGUGAAAAAAAGCCAUUAUAACAAAUUACAAACACUUGCUACAGUAGUCAGCGAGUUGUUUUAUUUUUAGAUAGAGAUACCAGCUCAAAAUAUGGACUGUAUGUCUUAAGAUGACACAUCUCCUUCCCAUACGUUACUGGGGAGGUUCUUGUGACUUUAGUCCAUGGAUGGAUGGAUGAGAAUAGAAAAAUCAACACCACGUCGAUAAUGAUGAUAACGAUGACGAUGAUGAUGAUGAUGAUACGAUGACGACGAUGUUACGGCAAGUGUAGACCGAAUGCAGAUGCUUCCAUCAGUCGGAAUUGAUGAGAUCCGUAACUAUGUGAAUGUCCAGUGUCCAACCGGACUCUAAGAAAUGUCCAACUCUGACAUAACAUCUCAACACAUCCACAGGAAUUAUUUCUCACUGACGUCGAUAUAAAACUGAUCCCCACCAAACCAUAAAGCUGGAGAAGUUUCCAUCAGUAUCCUUGACCCCCUUUCUCACCACUCCCUCCUUGCCCCAACUCAUUAUGGAGACCCCUAUGAGCAAUGAAAAACUGAUGCAUGCUGAUUUCUAUGGUAAACAGUUUUCACCAGCCCCAACUUUGCAAACGCAAAGAAUAAGCCACAUUUGUGACAAAUUGAUUCAUACUGAUAUGUACGGGGUCAAAGACUUCCCACAAAGGCAUAAUCUUUCCAUGCAAAGUAUUCCUCACAUUCUGGAUAAACCUCUCUACCAUCCAGAAUUCGUGCCAAGGCAUCAUGGCUUCCAAAUGCAGACCAUUCCCUCCCACAUCCCUGAUAAAUCGUUCCAUCACAGCAUGGUUACAUAUGCGAAAGAGUUCAGUCCAACACAGAACACUCUACCUUCGCCCAAACUGUUGACCCACAUGGUUGACAAGUCCCCUGUUCAUUCCACCAGCCCCCUACAGUCUAACAAACAGUUCCUCAGUCCCACACAUUCUUCAGUACCACUACAGUCUCCUAAAAUGCCUACAAUGAUGGACAAGAUCUUUCCAGAUGGUGGCCUUCUUGACAGUAGUGUGAGUGAUGGUAAACAGUAUUCUCACCCUCACAGAUUGCAGUCGCCUAUGGAGAAGAGUUACCAUAGCAACGAGUCACAUAGGAACAGCCCGUUGCCAUGUGACAAGCAGCUGUCACACCAACUUGACCUGCAGUCUUCAUCAAAGCUGAGCCCAGUGAUGGCGAAACAAUACUCUGACCCGAUGCUUUACCACAAGUCUUUCUUGACGGAGAGUAGCCAUCUUUCAGAGGCAAGCCGUAACCAAUGCCAGGAGAACUGCCAUGGCCACACUGUUGCCGGGGGUAACAACAGUGGGGGCAGCCAUGGGUUACACACUCAUAAAACUACUUCCGGUAUGUCUGACAAAGCAUACCACCAUCAACAACAACAUCAUCAUCAUAGCAGUGGCAGAAGCAGCAGCAGCAGCAGUAGUAGUAACAGUGGUAACACCCCCUCGUAUAUUCCGUCAGAUCACACCAACCCCUCUACACCGAAGCCCCCGGACAAGAUGUACCCCCAGCACGGAUCAGUGAGCAUGUCUCCGAAGCUUUACUCUCCGAACCACCACAGCAAUAUGCAGCCACAGAAAAGCUACCUUCACAAUAUCAUCACCAGCAGCAGUAGUAGUGGUAGUGGUAGUAGUAGUAGCAAUAGUAGUAGUGGUGGUGGUGGUGGUGGUGGUGGCGGUGGUGGUGGCGAUGGUGGUGGUGGUAGGGGUAUGAACUGCAGUAAUUCCAUAACUCCUCCGACCAUUACCUCUCCUAGUAGUGCCAGUGUCCCCAGCAGCAGUCCGGCCCCUUUGAGGACCGACAGCAUUGUUGCUAAGCAACCCUACGAAAGCAGCAUCCAUGAUGAACAACAGCAACAACAACAACAGCAGCAGAAACAUCACAAGCAACAUCAGCAUAAGCAACACCAACACAAACAACAUCGACACAAGCAUCACAACAAGCAUCAUCAUCAACAACAACAGCCUCAGCUACAACAACAACAACAAAUACAUGUACAACAGCAACAGCAACAACAGAUUCAGGCACAACAACAAAUACAUGUACAACAGCAACUGCAACAACAGCAACAGCUUCAGACGCAGCAACAACUCCAGGUGCAGCAGCUGCAAAUGCAACAACAACAACAGCUGCAAGCACAACAAAUACAACAACAACAGCAACUUCAAGUUCAACAACAACUCCAAACACAACAGCAGCAGCAGCAGCAACAACAACUACAAGCACAGCAACAACAACAGUUGCAGGCUCAGCAGCAGCAACAACAAUUGCAAGCACAACAACAACAACAGAGGCAGCUGCAAGCGCAGCAACAACAGCUGCAAGAUGAACAACAUUCACCACAGCAAACACAGAAAGCGCAUGAUCGCCAUCAACACAAGCAUCAUCAUCACCAUCCACAACAACAACAACAACAGAAAUCUCAGCAGGAUCUACAAGAACAACAACAAGAACCGCAACCACAACAACAACAAUACAGCAGUCUACAGAACGAAACCUCAAAAUGUUACUCGCAGAACAGCGAUUCCCAAGAACAAAGGGAAGACAGCAGCCCUCCAAAACAAUCUCCCCACUUGCACCACCAUCACCACCACCACCAUCAUCAACAGCACCAUCACAUUCAUCAUCACCAUCAUCAUCACCAUCUUCAAAACCUAUCUGGGGGCUCCCUCCAGUCGGUAGGAGACACAAACCUAGAUCUGAAAGAUGUUACCAAAGAAGACCCUUGUGAGAAACCCUAUGAUUCUUUAACCUGUCAAAUGACGAACCCCCAGAAUUGUUCCGAAUCUCUUGAGAAGCUCUACAACAUGGAUAACGAAGUCAAUGAGAAGCCUUCGUUGACGUUACUCGAAGGUACCGACCAGAUGUUGAUGGUAGACGACAAGAAGCCGCUGCAGUCUAUGUUGAACAAUGAGAUGGCUGGUACUGACAGGCCAUCUUCAUCCUCAGUGAAUGCGCAGCGUUAUCACUGUGACUUUUGUGGAAAACAGUUUGCACAAAAGUAUGUGCUGCAGAUGCACAGACGAACGCAUACAGGGGAGAAACCGUUCCAAUGCGAUUUCUGCAUUCAGCGGUUUGCUCGUAAGGACACGUUACAAAUCCAUCGAAGAAUCCACACCGGUGAGACACCGUUCCAGUGUGACAAGUGCCCUAAACAAUUUGCUCAGGCAGGGAAACUUCAGAAACACAAAAAGCGUUGCCAUAACGGCCAGGCCAAUUCUGUGACGGGCAACACUCAGAAGUCAUUAACGCCUCGGUCACAGAAUCCAAAGAAAAGAAUCUCCGUCACAUGUGACAUUUGUUUGAAACAGUUUGCUCAUCGAGAUUACUUAACGAUCCAUAAAAGGUCACACACUGGAGAGCGACCGUUUGGGUGUGAAUUCUGCCCACAGCGGUUCACUCGCAGGGACAUGUUGCAAGUCCACCGUCGGACUCACACUGGAGAGAAGCCUUUUGAGUGUCCCAUUUGUUUCAAGCGUUUUGCACAGAGAGAUAAGCUGCACAUACACUCGAGGGUGCAUUCAGGGGAGAAACCUUAUAAAUGUCAGUUGUGUUCGAAACAGUUUUCUCAGCGUAACACCCUGGUUGGCCACUUAAGGUCGCACUCGGGAGAUCGGCCAUAUCAGUGUGAAGUAUGUUUGCGGAGGUUUGCCCAAAGGGAUUACUUACGGGUACACACACGAUCCCACACUGGGGAGAAACCCUACGGAUGUGAUUUCUGCAUCCAGCGCUUCUCUCGCAGGGACACAUUGCAAAUUCACCGCCGUAUUCACACCGGGGAGAAGCCAUUCCGUUGUAACUUCUGUGGCAAAGAGUUUGCUCAGACAGACAAGUUGCGACGACACAAACGAACUCAUCCCGAGUUGAAACAAGAGAUCAAUGCUGGUAACAACAACAACAAAGCCAACAAUGGCAACACUGCAGCUGCAACUGGCAACUACGAUAGCGCGGCAGCAGCUGCAGUCGCUGCAAUUACAAGUGGCGUAGACAGCGACGGCAGUAAACCUAUGUUGGUCCCAGUAAAGACUAUUGAUGAGUAUUUACCUGUAAAUAACUAUUUGUGGCUGUUGUAAGACACCAGCCAGCGCAUGGGAACUGCUAACACGCAUACAGGACAUAUAUACGUACAUAUAUGUACACACACAUACACACCUUGAACGACAGUAGAACUGUAUACACUUUAAUAUUUUUCACAAGUGUUUAUAUAGAUAAUCUAUAAGCAAUCCUAUGUUUUAUUCUCGCCCCCCUCCCUCUCUCUCUCUCUCUCCUUCCCCUCUCCCCCCUCCCUUCCUUUCUGCCAUCAGUGUGUAUCAGACAUGACAUAUCUUUGGAUAAAUAUCCUCUCAUUUUAGUAAUUCCUGCUUCAAGAUGCGGUCUAUGGCCAGACUAGUUCCACCUCCACCACCACCGCCACCGCCAUUCUUGUAGUCUUCUAGUCAAGGGAAGACAACUCAGAUCGAGUGACCAAAAUUUUAUUUAAAUCUCUGUUUAUUUUGUUUGAGAUUUGAAAUAAGCUAAAAACGGUGGCUGAGCUAGUAAUAUCGUCAUACGCCUUAGCAAUAACACACAUUGCUUUCUAUGACAUCUUUGUACGCCUGACUAAUUCUCAAUGCAUACUUUAUAUAUAUAUAUAUCAUGUGUGUAUACAUACAUCUCUAUCUAUCUUUUUACCUACCUGUCUGUCUAUCUACCUAUGUAUGUAUAUACAUAAAUAUAAGAGA